AUGUCUUCCUCCCUAGAUACUCUUAUCGAUACUUGUAAGAGGUACAAAGCUGGCACAGCAAAGUUCCUCAAGUGGCUGUCCGACGAAAGCGCGCGAGCACACGGAGAAAGCCAGCAGACGACCGCGCAUGCGGCUACACUUAAGCCACAACCCAAAGUCAAGAACAUUCCGGUCGAUGAGCUUAAGGGUAUGGCCACAGCGAUCGUGCAGGCCGACUCGAAGAUUGCCAUUCCACUCGAGAUGCUCUAUGUUGCCAGCGAUGUCAUCAACGGACGCAGAUGGUGCUGCGACUGGUACUCUUGCCUCCGCCCACAUCAGAGAGACGCAAAGAAACAUGCAGAGUCGAACUCGAGGCACCGCUACUUUCUUAAAGCACUCGAGGAAACACUCGCUAUUCUGAAGCAAGAGGCGAAAAAGAGGCAACCGAAGCGCAAAAAGACAAUCAAGCUACCUGCAGCAGAUAGCUCGGAGGCAGAUCUCGGCAGUCUGUUCUUACACCUCGACCUCGAAGAUGUUAGCGACGACCUUCUGACAUCGUCGACUACCCUUCCGUUGAGCGAGAUUAGUGGUAACGCGCGCGAAGUGCCUCCUACGGACGAGACGAUAAUCACAUUGGAGGGUGAYGAAGUCUUUACGACAUUGUUCGAGAUCUGGGGCCUCCUUAAGGAUUUCAACGGCUUGAGAGAACAAGCAGCUAUCGCACGCAAACAACUCGUUGCCGGCGAACCUAGCAGCAUGCUUGCGGCUUGCCAACUCCAUGAACACGCAGUGCAGCUCUCGAUCGUUGUCGCAACCGAGUUUCAUGAGGCGCAUCCGGAUCUUCCAUCAUUCACAGACAUUGUCGAUUGCUUAGGAGAGGACCUCUUCACCAUGUCCAGCUUCUCCACUCAGUCUGCCCACGACAACGAUGCCGGACUGACUCUGGACCGUGAAGUCCUUUGUAUCCCCGCUUGGAACUUGUUGCAGGACGUCAACCGCCUCGCAAGAGAAAUGAAGAGCACAAAGCACUCUCACAGAGCACAGCAGUCUGAGGUCUUCUCAAAUCAUCCAUUCGGAAAAGCGCUACUAAGCAUCGUGAAAACAUUUGUUGGCUUCCUUGCUCCAAACGGGCGUGGAGUUCAGAACCCCAUUGCCGGCUUUCUGUCGUUCGCGGAUGAGUACACGCAGCAACUGGGCCGCUUCAUUGCGACGCCGCAUUGGAACGCUGGAUUCGUGGCUGCAACGCAACUGUACAUGGACUUCUACGACUUCCUAGAAGGUGACCUGGCUCGCGGCGUCAGAGACUACGAGCCCAUCCUGGACCAAAUCGAGACCAAAGCCAUCGAUUACAUUGCGUGGUACGACCAGCUUGACGAGCCCACAAAAAUCAACACGCCCGAUACAGCUCCCUAUACAAUGCAGAUGAUAUGUUGCAUUGCUAGGCCGCAUUGUUAUGACCAGGCUCGACGUGAGGGAUGGAAUCUUCAGCAGAAUCUCUCAGCCAAUUCCGAUCAGCUUGAGGCGUUCUUCAUGCCGCUCAGUGUUCUCAACACCCUGCCCAUACUCGCGGGUCACUUGACCUGGAAGCUCCGCUUGAUAGCUCACCGAAACGAGAUUGCUCUUUGCAAUAGCAGAGGCGUAGUUCUCGCAGCCGCUCAUAUCCACAACGCCACCAAACUGCUGCAUGGCACGUCGUACGACUGGCCAGAUCUUGACCAUGUCGUGAGCAGACAGAGCACUGCUUUCUUACGGCAUGGGAACGGAAGCGUACUGUCUGCAGCGAGACAGUACGCGAUGGCAUUAGGACACCCACUCGAAGUCGUGACUGGCAGUCAUCGUCCCAAGAUUCCCAGCGUCGAGGUCAUCAGUAACAAGGGCGUGGUCUUGCAAUCCGCUUCAUAUUUCAGCGCACACGAUACCGGAACCCUCGUACUACGCGACCGCUCCUUGCCUAUGAAGGUCAUGUAUGACGCAGUACGAGGCUACGCAACGGCACAUUGUGGCAUCAAAGACAAAGUCAUCGCAGAGCAGUGGUCCAAUACUAAGAGACUUACACCCGGCCAGAUCUUGCUUGUACUUGGAGAGAUCAUUUUCGAGGACGAGAGGCAGCUUCAAUUUGACUAUCUUGGACUGCUCCGAGUUUGUGUUGAUACGUUGCGCGAUGUCGGAAAAGCGUGCUCCCUCAAGCAGCGGGCAAUGCUGCAAUCACGGAAAGCUGUCGGCAACUUUAUGUUUGAGCAGGUUUAUGAGAUUCUCUAUGACGCUGCUGCCAUCGAGACCCGCGGCUUGCCUGUUGAAAGAUCACCGCUGUUCACUGCGAGGCAAGGCAUCAGGGCUGCACUUGAGAAGAAGGUGGGUGACCGUAUCGAUGGAUCGUGA